AUGGAUCAGGAGGAAUGGUGCUCUCAGAUCACUCAGGAGUCGAUCAGUGAUGUCAGCACCACAGACCACGGUCUUUCUACAACUUCUUUGGAGGAAAUCGACAGUUCGGAAGCUUCCUUGCCAGUUCCAGGAGAUGUUCCCCGACCCCGGCCAGUGCUGCUUCGGUGCCUUCAUUUUGCCAUUUACUACAGCUGCAUAAUCAUCACCGCCUUGGUGCUAACGUUCCGACGCAUCUUGGCCAUUUUUGUUGAUGGGAAGCCAGCCACACAAAAACUCAGCAGGCCAAAAGCCAAGCUAUCCUGGGCCCAGCUGGCUGGAGCAAAAGAUCCUGCACGCCUUGCACGUGAGGUGAUGCCGGAGCCGCCUCCCUUCCCAGUGCCCACGGACGAGUUCACCAUAACUUUUGGGCCGUGUGCUAACCUGAUGAUCUACACAGGCGGCGUUGCCUGUUGCUUGCAGCGGUGUCCCAACUUUGCAGAGGUCAAGUCGAAACUGCGAUUUCAUGGGGUCUCCAGCGGCGCCUUCAUAGCUGCCACCAUGGCUGCUGAUGUUGAACUUCUUGAAAUGCUGCCAGAAAUGCUUUCGUGGACACAACGCUUUCGCUCUCGACUUUGGGGGCUCGUGGGCGCCUACUCCGCGAGCAUUUCUGAAAUUGUGUGGCGCAUUUUUUCCAGGGCUGAGUGCUUCGAACGCGCCAAAACUUGCUUGAGCAUGGGCGUCACCACAUUCACACCUUUUCCUGGCCGGUUUGUGAUGGAUACAUUUGAUAGUGCCAGUGAGCUUGUCACUGCUUUGUUGGGAAGUUGCUACAUCCCCGUGGCUUUUGAGGUCCCCCAGUGGUCACAAAAUCAUGGUCCUUUCUGGGAUGGUGGCAUCUUCGAAUUUGCCAGCCAGGGAGAUUUGGUCGUCUCGCCGUUUGAAGGUGUUUUGCCCGAUGUGUAUCCAGAGGUACCGUAUCCAAAGUGCUUCUCUUUCUUCCCGCCACAUGAAGCCGACGCGGUGUCUUUGUUUGAGGAUGGAUAUAUGGAUUGCCUCCGAUGGCUUGAGCAGGGUGCAGUUGCACGAAAGGAGGCUCGCGAGGAGGCUUUCGGAUUCACGCAAGCUGAUAGCAAGAGCCAAGACAUCGGGCCAUUGUUGUCUGAAGGGAAGCGUUUUGUGCUGGAGAUCUUUCGUGGGCACGGCAGUGGAGCCACUCUGACUCCUGAGAAGACAAAGCACGAUUGA